CCGUGACUGCAACUUGAAAGCCUUGCAUCCACACUCAGUCAAGGUCUAUACGUCUCUUUCAAUGCCUCUACCAUAUGACCUAUGCGCUCGCGUCCAAAACGCUUUUCGAGCCCGACACCACAAAAUAGCGGUGGACCACACAACGCAAAACCUCGGGAUCCUGAGCAUCCUCCUGCGGACCGGCUUCAUCUCCAACGUCACGCGCGGAACCAUCGAGUCACCCUCUCCCACCGACUUUCUCCGCGUUGGCGAAGCCCAGCGCCGUAUAUGGGCUGAGCUUAAAUACCGCGACGACCGGCCUGUCCUUUCGGAUAUGGAGCUCAUUAGUAGACCCAGUAGACGCAUUUUUAUGGACAUCGGGGAGUUGCGUCGCAUUUGCUCCGGACGCCGGGCACAGACGAUUAAACCGUUAGGCAUGGGUGAAAUUGCUGUGGUGCGGACAAAAAGCAAGGAGCAUGAAUGGUUGGAGGCGCGAGAGGCUUUGCAGUUGAAUUUGGACGGGGAGGUGAUUUGUCGGGCCCGUUGACCCUGUCGACGGUCUUUUAUUGUUCUGUCUUACAUAUCAUAUAGACGUGUCCACCUCUCGGCAAUCAUAUGAGGGAUGUGCAAUUUUCGAUACUCAGCACCCUCGCAAUGCUGGGGAGUCGAUGUCCUCAGCCCUGACCUAAUUGUCUUAAUGAUCACGCCGUUGACAAAGGUACACUACGAAUUUGUCUCUAGAAGGCACGUCUGUAGUCCCAAUGUCACACAUGUCGGAAAGCUUGCGUACUGAUAGGCUCUUUUGGAUCAUGAGAAAAAAAGACAGUAAUAGUUCCAUCGUAGACAGGCAGGUAUCAUGGUACUUGUACUGAUGAGUUUACAAACAAGGAGCGUGGUGGUGACAGGAGAGUAAUAUAU